CCAGCAUACCCUCGUUUUGAACACGAAAGAAUUUUAUUUUUGCUCUAGAAAAUAUAGACUAUAAAAAGCGAAGAUUAAAUAUUGCCGAAUCUUCUUUUUGGCAAGACAAGGAUGGGCUCUUUUCAAGCCGGCUGAUGGCAUAAAAUUCAACCACAAGGCAACCUAACCGUGUUGACUUUAAAGCACAGGCUCAAAGAAAGGCAUUAAGUGUUCACAUAAUGUACGCAUGAGCAAGCCAAGUCUCGUUCAUUUACUUGCCACCUUCAUUCCAUGCCCAUCAAGUCCAUUUCCAGGCACCUAAACCAUGCAACUCAACCGCCUUUGCAUCAUUUUACCUGCUGAUUUGGAGGAAAUCAAGCCAUUUGAGGACCCCAGAAUCCCACAACCCAUGCAAGAUGGUGUCAGAAAGGACCGGCACCGCGGCUGUGGGAGCCAAAUACUUCAUUUCCUAGGUGAUUCACUACGCCGGUUACAGGACUCGAAAUGGAUUGGUUGUUUUCUGCAUGAUAAACAAAGUAAACAGCAGCCGCAGCCAGGUCUGUUUUAUGACCUUGAGGGAAUCCAACUAUCUGAGAAGGUUGGUGGUGCUAAUCCAAGGAUAUUCAGCUAUGCUGAGCUUUAUAUAGGGUCUAAAGGGUUUUGUGAAGAUGAGGUUCUUGGUAGUGGAGGUUAUGGAAAGGUUUAUAGAGCAGUUUUACCAAGUGAUGGCACUGUUGUUGCUGUUAAAUGCUUGUCUGAGAGAGGAGAGCAGUUUGAGAAGACUUUUGCAGCUGAGUUGGUUGCGGUGGCUCAUCUUCGACAUAGGAAUCUUGUCAGGCUAAGAGGUUGGUGUGUUCAUGAAGAACAGUUGUUAUUGGUUUAUGACUACAUGCCUAACCGCAGCCUGGACAGGGUGCUGUUUAGAAGGCCUGAAAACCUGAGAGCAGCACCUCUUUCCUGGGAACGAAGAAGGAAGAUAGUUGGUGGCUUGGCAGCAGCAUUACAUUAUCUCCAUGAAAAAUUGGAGACACAGAUCAUUCACCGGGAUGUGAAGACGAGCAAUGUAAUGCUUGACUCGCAUUAUAAUGCCCGGCUUGGUGACUUUGGCUUGGCAAGGUGGUUAGAACAUGAACUUGAGUACCAAAUCAGGACGCCUUCAAUGAAGAAUCACCAGUUUCACCUGACUGAAUCGACCAAAAUAGGUGGCACUAUCGGUUAUUUGCCACCUGAGAGCUUCCAGAAACGAAGCGUUGCUACUGCGAAAUCUGAUGUUUUCAGCUUUGGAAUUGUUGUGUUAGAGGUGGUGUCUGGGAGGCGGGCUGUGGAUCUGGCGUAUCCUGAUGAUCAGAUCGUUUUGCUCGACUGGAUAAGGGGGCUAUCUGGUGAAGGGAAGCUUCUGCAAGCAGGGGACAAUAGGCUUCCAGAUGGGUCUUUCGGGCUUUCUGAUAUGGAACGCUUGAUUCACCUGGGGCUUCUAUGCACACUCCACAACCCGCAGCUUCGGCCUAACAUGAAAUGGGUUGCGGAAGCACUUUCUGGCAACAUUUUGGGCAAAUUGCCAUCUCUUCCAUCGUUUCAGUCACAUCCUAGAUACAUAGCUAUAUCCUCUGCAAGCAACACUAGCAUAAGCAAAACGAAAACCACCACGACCACCACCGUUCCGAGUUCUGACAUGACAAUUUCGUUCACUUCAUCAGCCUAUGUCACAGCCCUGGAAGAAACUAUAUAUGAAACUGCAGAAUUUGCAGAAUUUGAGAAUAUUAAUAAACUGAGCUCUUCUAAGUCGAACAACAGAAGUCACCGUCAAAAUGCUCUCUUUGUGGUGGAUACUCCCAGGGAAAUAUCCUACAAGGAAAUCACUUCUGCUACAAAUAAUUUCUCGGACUCACAAAGGGUAGCAGAGGUGGACUUCGGAACUGCUUACUAUGGCAUCCUUGAAGAUGGCCAUCAAGUCUUGGUGAAGAGACUUGGCAUGACCCAAUGCCCUGCAAUACGCGUGCGAUUUUCAACUGAACUCCUAAACUUAGGCAGGCUCCGCCACCGCAACCUAAUUCAACUCUGUGGAUGGUGCACAGAACUAGGGGAGAUGCUUGUCGUCUAUGAUUAUUCAGCGAGUCGCCACAUGAGUCAUCUUCUUUUCCAUCAUGACAAUAGAAUUGGCCACUCCAUUCUGCUUUGGCGCCACAGAUAUAACAUUAUCAAGUCUCUUGCUUCUGCAGUUCUUUAUCUUCAUGAGGAGUGGGAUGAGCAAGUUAUCCACAGGAAUAUCACUAACUCUUCUAUCAUUCUUGAUCCAGACAUGAAUCCAAGACUUGGUAACUUUGCACUUGCCGAAUUCUUGGCAAGAAAUGAUCAUGCCCAUAAAGCAGGUGCUAAAGAAAAUAAUUCAGUCCGUGGAAUUUUCGGUUACAUGUCUCCAGAGUACAUAGAACAUGGUGAAGCAACCCCAAUGGCUGACGUAUAUAGCUAUGGCGUGGUGGUUCUGGAGGUGGUCAGUGGACAAAUGGCAGUUGAUUUCCGGAGGCCUGAGGUGCUAUUGGUUCGGAGAGUUCAUGAGUUUGAGGCACAGAAGAGACCACUGGAGGAUAUGGCUGAUAUAAGAUUGAACGGUGAAUAUGAUCAUGAAGAAUUGCUCAGAGCUGUCAAAUUGGGAAUUGCAUGCACAAGGUCCAACCCAGAAUUAAGGCCAACCAUGAGGCAGAUUGUAAGGAUACUAGAUGGCAAUGAUCAAUGGUUCGUGGAAAGAGGACAAAAUACGGAAAGUAGAGAACAAUGGAGACAAAAGAAUGCUUGUUCUUUGUCAAUGAUUAGAAGAGUCCAAGCUCUAGGGAUUCAAUGAGAAAUGCAAGUGACAACUAGGUAGUGACUAAGGUUUCUGCGGUAACUUAUAGUUCUUUGGUUAUUUUCCUUCUUGCACCUUCUGUAGACUAUCAAUGUAUAUGCCUUGUUUUUCAAUA